UGUAAAAAUAAAUUUGUUCUUACAUUGAAUACUAAAAUGAAGUUUAAAUUAAUUUUAAUUUGGACAUUAAGCAUAUAUUUGUCAACAUGUAUGGCAUCAGACCGUUGGCCCGAUCACGACAUCUCAACACUAAAACUGUUGCAAAUAGUACACCGCCAUGGAGAUCGAUCACCUACAAGUUUCCCACCCAACGACCCCUUCAAAGACUUAUCCAAGUAUUGGGUCGAAGGUAUCGGUGAACUGACCACAAAAGGCAAGUAUCGGAUGUAUAAGUUGGGAGAAUUCAUACGACAAGAGUAUAGCGACUAUUUGGGCGACAAAUUCUCGCCCCGAGAGGUGUACGCCAGGAGCUCUAUCGCCGAAAGAUGUAUUGAGAGUAUAUCUAAUCUUUUAUCGGGUGCUUACCCUCCAAAUCAAAAGGAUUGGCAGUGGGGUAACACAUCGGACGCAUCGUUAGGUCUC